UUCUUUGUAAUACUUUGGCCACCUUGCUCUCAAUAGUACAACUGUAAAAAAAUAACAAAUGAAUUGUCGGUAUUAUUUAUCCGGGUUGUUACGUUUGUUUAAGUUUCGGUUUAAAAUGCCGGAAAUCGUUCUCGAGCCGGGAAAUUGUAAUAUCUGAACCCUUAAAAUCCAUUCGCAAUUAUUGAAUCAAAAACCAAAACUGGAAAAAUCCAUAAAUGCGAUACGGUACGACGGGCCGUCGUCGGGUUUGACCGGAUUGGAAGGCCUUUUCGGAAAUUUAACCUUUCGAUCUACUGUAUAUACUUUAAUUAAUCGAUAUCGUACAUUUCUUACAUUUUUUAGCAACACUUUAUUAGAACAAAUGUUUUCGGCUUAGUUUAUGGAUCUGAUUUAAGUUCUACGCUUUUGAAUUGAAUAUUUGAUUAAAUUGAAUUGAAUACUGAGUAUUUCAAAUAGUAAAGCAGGCCCAUAAACUAUGCUGAAAAUGUUUGUUUCUAAUAAAGUAUGCUGGAAAACAAGGAAGAUGCGAUACUGAAUAAUGUUAAGGUUAAAAUUUUAAAGAAACAUGGCUAGAAAUGAAAAGACACUUUUAACAAAUUUAAAAGAAAUCCUAAGAACAAAAGUGAAAUUGACAGGAGAGGGAGAAAAUGUUAAAGUUUUAGAAACUACUUUACCUCUGCUUAUUAAUCAAAUGAAACUAGUAUCACCUUUAUUUAAAUCUGUUUAUAAACGAAUUUAUUAUACUGGAAGUUAUUAUGAUGGAUUAAGAGUAAAAAAUGCAACCGAGUUUGAUUUAAACUUAGUUUUGGCAUUUCCUAAAAAUAUGGAUUUAGAGAUAAGAACUACUAAUUCUCCUCCCUCCUUCUGUACAUGUAAGCUGAAAAAUAAAGAAAGUUUGAGAAAGCAACAAAAUUUUGAAUUUAUCAGUAAAAUUUUAAAAGAAUUUUUUUAUGAAAAAACUGAUUUCUUUUUACCAAAUAACAUCAGAAAGUGGCUUCAAGGAGUUCUUGAUUCUGCACUUCGUUCAUUUAUACCAAGUGGUGAUGUAGAAGAGAUAAGAAAAUCUUGCAGUGGACCAGCGUUAACAAUUUAUAUUAAAACAAAGAAUGGAACUCAGUUAGAUGUAGAUCUUGUUCCUGUAUUGGAAUUCAAAUACCCAGAUUGGCCUGAUGGUGCUAAGAAAAGUUUUAAAACAUCAAUUCCAGAUGAUGAAAAAUAUUGGUUUAUUGUUCCUAAACCACCACAGGAAAAUUCCAUUAAACCAUGUCAAAAUUAUUCUUAUCAAUGGAGAUUCCACUUUCCUGGAGUAGAGAAACACUUAUUACAUAACAAAGGCUGUGUGAAGCCUAUAAUUAAAUUGUUAAAGCUGUUACGAGACAAGCAAGAUUGGAAAAUUUUGGCAUCUUAUUACUUGAAGACUGUUGUAAUGCAUGCAGUAAUCAAAAACUCUGAUCAGAUAGACUGGAAUGAGAGUCAAAUGGAUAAAACUUUUAUUCGAAUGCUGAGACAUCUGCAAGCUUAUAUUCAGAAUAAAAAUUUACCAUACUUAUUUUAUGAAAAAUGUAACUUAAUUUCUAAAAUGGGAGAUCAGCAAGCAGAUAACAUUAAUCGUCGAUUGAGUAGAAUAAUUCAAGACAUUGAAAAUGAUCCUCAAAAAGUAUUUGUAUAUAUGUAAUUAUUUUUCAGAUAUUUUGCUCAAGAAAUAUAAUCUGAUCAUGAAUGAUUCAGUUAAAUCAAAGAAGGGCUGAAAAACUCACUUUGUUAGCAUAAUGAAAUAAAUUGCAAUUUCAAUUACUUAUUAAUGUAAAAUAUAAAGACUUGAUAACUUAACCAAUUAAAAGUAAUUUGGUUUAAAAUAAUGUCUUUACAUCAUAUUAGUUU